ACACCACACUGUUUUGAGAAGAUUGAGGAAAAGAAAGACAAUCUCUCUCUCGGAAAAGAAAGAAUGAAGGGAAGCAUGUCGGUGUGGCAAGCAGCAUCCCUCUCCUGCGUCCUUGGAUGGAUCAUUGCUUCAUCGUUAUUGUCAUUCACGGUUAGGUUGAGAUCUCUUGUCCAGCCGUGGGUGACCCGCCAUGUCGUUGCAGAUACCCCUCUUAUCCUGAAAAUCCAGGCUUUUCAAUGUGCGUUUUUGGAUAAUUUCUUCUCUGUGCUUUCCUGUGCUGUUUCUGUUCCUUUCUAUACUGCCUUCCUUCCCCUCCUUUUUUGGAGCGGGCAUAGCAAAUUGGCGAGACAGAUGACUUUGUUGAUGGCAUUUUGUGAUUAUGUUGGGUGUUGUAUUAAGGAUAUGGUAUCAGCACCUAGACCGAGUUGCCCUCCAGUAAGGAGAGUGACAGCUACACAAGAUGAGGAGGAACAUGCCAUGGAAUACGGCUUGCCUUCUUCACAUGCUCUCAACACGGUUUGCCUGUCUGGAUAUUUGCUUUACUAUGUUCUGACCAGCGAAGCUGAGAUGAAUAUCACCAUGACUUUGUUUGGGUUGACAUUGGUUUGUCUUCUUGUGGCACUGACUGGAAUAGGAAGGAUAUACUUGGGCAUGCACAGCUUGAUAGAUGUUGUUACUGGAAUCAGCAUGGGUCUUAUUAUGCUUGCCUUUUGGCUUUUAGUCCAUGGAUACAUUGAUGACUUCAUUAUCUCUGGGCAAAACGUCACUUCCUUCUGGGCUUGCCUUUCUUGUCUAUUGUUUUUUGCCUAUCCUACUCCAGAGCUCCCAACCCCGAGCUUUGAAUAUCAUAGUGCCUUCACUGGUGUUGCAUUUGGAAUUGUCAGUGGAAUUCAGCAGACCUAUAAUUCUUUCCACUCUGAAGAAGUUCCUCACAUUUUUGGCCCUCAACUGCCCCUGAUGGUAUUCACCGGAAGGGUAAUUGUCGGGAUUCCAACAAUACUUGUCGUGAAGUUCUGCAGCAAGGCAUUGGCCAAAUGGUUGUUACCUGUGGUUUGCAACACUUUGGGAAUCCGAAUAAGGUCAUCGUGUUAUAUCCCAGCCCUAAAAGGGAAUGAAAAUGGCAUGAAGUCGGAGAACAAGCAACCGGGUUAUCUUCAGAAAAUGGUUUCCAUUUUUCCUCCCAAGACAUAUGAAGUGGACAAUGGAAUAAGAUUUGUUCAAUAUGCAGGACUUGCUUGGUCAGUUGUUGAUUUGGUUCCAUCUCUCUUUUCUCAUCUCAAUAUGUAGCAGUAAUAUAUACUAAAAAUUGAGAAUUCAUGUAAUGUUGUUCACAGCUUAUUUAUAUUGUUAGUCACUCAUUCUUCUGAAGGGAGGUUGUAAAUAGAAUUUUCAUUAAAAUUUUUUUUUAUUAUUUCAUAUAUGUAACUUUGCUUCUGUAAACUAGAGAUCUUUUAUACCCUGCUUUGACAGUUUACAUUGUCAAUGUUGUCAGGUGCCAUUAAAUAUAAAUAUAUUAGAUAUA